AUGGGCCAGCUGGUGGAGCAGCUGCGCACGAUUGUGCGCGACGAGGUGCAGUCUGCGAACCGCGGCCACGCCGCACACGUCGAGCGCGUCGCCGAUGCGGCUGCCGAACAGGCCGAGAAGCUGGCGCAGAUUGAGGCUUCGGGCGGCCUGGCGCCGCCGGCGCCCGACAGCGACUCGACGUCCGUCAGCAAGGAUGCGCAGCGCUACGAGAGCGAGAAGUCGCGCAGCAACCCGCAGGACGUCGAGCUUGCCGUCAGCGGCGACGACGAGGAUGACGACGACGACGAGGACUUUGAAUUCCCCAACCGCCUCGCGAAGCUGCGCUGGCACAUGCGCGAAUACCUGGCCGAGUUCCUCGGCACGGCCAUCCUCACGCUCAUCGGCAACGGCGUCAACGUCCAGGUCACCGUCUCGGCGCUCCUCGACCCGAGCCAGCCAAAGGGCAACUACCUGUCCAUCUCAUUUGGCUGGGGCGUGGCUGUGAUGCUCGGAGUGUACGCAAGCGGCGGCAUUUCGGGCGGCUUGAUCAACCCGUCUCUGACGCUGGCGCUGGCGACGUGGCGCGGCUUCCCGUGGAAGAAGGUGCCCGGCUACAUCUUGGCGCAGAUGCUCGGAGGUACGGCAGGUGCCCUGCUGUGCUACGGCCUCUACGCAACGCCCAUCCGUCUUGCGGAUCCCAACCAGACUGAGACUACCGCAGCGUUGUUCACGACCUAUCCGGCCGAGUUCUUGCGCACGGGCGGCGCUCAGCUCUUCAGCUUCUACAACGAGGUCCUCGCUACCGCCAUGCUGCUCAUCAUCGUCGUCGCCAUCGGCGACUCGAACAACACGCCGCCUGUCGAAGGCAUGGCGCCGGUCAUCCUGAUGUGGCGAGUACAUGGAGCUACCCUCGGCUGGCAGACUGCCUAUGCGGUCAACCCAGCGCGCGACUGGGGACCUCGUAUUGCGCUCUCCAUUGUCGGCUAUCGUGGUCUGUGGUCAUUCGGCAACUACUAUGCGCUCUGGACGCCGAUGCUUGCCACUGUCGUCGGCGCGCAGCUCGGCUGCUUCAUCUACGACCUGCUCGUGUACACGGGCGACGAGUCGCCGCUCAACAGUCCGCGCCUCACGUUUGGCAAGUACGGCAACGUGCGCUUCCGGCCCAAGUCAAAGAAGAAGCUGCCGGCCGCCAUCGACAAGUAG